AUGGACAUAAGCUGUGAAGACCUGGGAAAAGGUCCAGGCAUUGCCCACUUUGAAGAGUUUCCAAGAGGGGCAGCACCACAAAAUGUUAACCAGCAAACCCAGGAGCGGCCGCCACAGCAGAGGGUGAGCCAAUCUGAAGAAUUCCUGAAGGACCUCCAGCCUCCAAAGCCGACUCUGGAGAAUCCAGGAUUGACAGAGCCCAUACUGUCGGAAGAUGAUCCUGAAAGGUUCCUGGUCUCCUUUGAGAAAGUUGCCGGAGCUUGUCAAUGGCCGAGAGAAGAGUGGGCAGCCCGGCUUGUGCCGGCCCUUGGCGGAGAAGCAGCAAGAGCCUUUAGAAAGCUGGCUGCUGGCGACAGAGAGGACUAUGGGAAAGUGAAGGCUGCCAUCUUGCAAGGGGAUGCAAUCAAAAUGGAGGUCCAGCGCCAGUGCUUCAGGCAGUUCCGCUUCCAGGAGGUGGAAGACCCGCAGAGGGCAUAUGGCCAGCUCCGUGAGCUUUGUCGUCAGUGGUUGAAGCCAGAGAAACACACCAAGGAGCAGAUCCUGGAUCUGGUGGUCCUGGAGCAGUUCCUGGCCAUCCUGCCCCAGGAAACCCAGAAGAGGAUGGAGAAAUGUAGCCCAAAAGCCUGCGCCCGGGCAGUGGCCCUGGCAGAAGACCUCCUGAGAAACCAUCAAGAGGCCAAGAUGUGGAGACUGGAGGUGAGAUUUGCAUGAUGUGAAAACUUAAUGACCUGUCUGUUUGAAGCCAGCGCAGAGGGGUGAUGUGGGUUGCCAACUGCUGAGAAAAGAGGCCUGCCUUGCUCUUGUCCCAUUAAUAUAGGCUUGAUCUACAGCAGAGGUUCCCAAACUGGUCCAUGGACCACCAGUCUCCACAAGCUUCGUUCAGGCACAAUAGGAAUGGAGAAACCUCAUGGGAAUGCAAAACGUUUUAAAAAAUAAUAAUAAUUAAACAUUUUUAUUGAAAGUUCAAAAAGUGCAUAAUUAUAUGUGCACUAAACAUGGUGAGACGUAAAUAAAAGAGAGAAAGUGAAAAAGAGAAACAGAACCUGUGUAGAAGGGAAAAUAAAAUGGGCGAGGGGGAAAACUCAAAACUGUAUAUUUUGCAAGGUUAUUGUACCUCACAAAUUCUUAACCUAUUACAGUAGCUGUAAGAAUUAAUUCCAAAGAUCAUUGAAUUUGUCCAUGGCAAGUCUGCGUUUAUAUGCAGAUUGUUCACAUGUUGCGAGUUUGUAUAAGUCUUCAAUCGUAGAAGGGGACCACAUCUUAAGAAUUGGGGCGGGGUUAGGGAGGGGAAAAAAAUCUCAAAAUAGCCCAAUGCUGACUUCUUUUGUGGGGCGGGGGAGGCUGGAAAUUAAACAAAAUAAGUCAAAAGUGUGGAUCAAUGCCGUUUUGGUGGUACUCCCACUGGGGGCUGCAAAGUUGGUGCUGUUUAGUUGGUGCAGAGAAAGCCUAUGAUAGGGUCCCCUAUUUGUGGAAUGCCCUCCCUUCUUGCAAGGUAUGUCUGUGCCCUUCAUUCAGGUGAAAUGUUGAAAACAUUCCUGUUUACCUAGGUAUUUGGUGGGUGAAAACCACUGUUCCUGACACACCUGAGAUCACUGUUUUGAAAUCGUAGUAUCAUAGAAUUGUAGAGUUGUAGAAGGGACCCCAAGGGUCAUCUAGUCCAACCCCCUGUAAUGCAGGAAUCCUGCCCAAAGCUGUCACUGGGUGGGUUUGAACCACCAGCCUUCUGGUUAACAGACCCAUUGUGCCACAAAUGUUUUAACUGUUUUUAGGAUGGUUUUGAAAUAGUUUUCUCUUGAUAUGUUUCCCCCUCUGGAGAAAGGGCAGGAUUUAAAUUGAAGGAAGGAAACAAUAAAGUAAAUAAAUAAAGUUUCAAAAGUGAUAUACAGUGGUACCUUGGGUUACAUACGCCUCAGGUUACAGACUCCGCUAACCCAGAAAUAGUGCUUCAGGUUAAGAACUUUGCUUCAGGAUGAGAACAGAAAUCAGACUCUGGCAGCGCGGCGGCAGCUGGAGGCCCCAUUAGCUAAAGUGAUGCUUCAGGUUAAGAACAGUUUCAGGUUAAGAAUGGACCUCCGGAACAAAUUAAGUACUUAAUCUGAGGUACCACUGUACAGCUCACUUUAAGUGAGUCAGGCCAUUGUCUCCAGCUCUGGCCAGCAGCAGCUGUUUCCCGCUACCUGAUCCUUUUAAAGAACAAAACUAAAAUGGGGACUUAGCUUGGGAUCUUCUGCACUCCCCUCAACAUUAAGCCACUUCCAGAGCGGUGUCCCCAAGGAAACAGGAGUUCAGAAAUUGAGUAUGGCCUCCAUCCCUAAUGUUUCUGUCUCAAUCCACUUUAUGGGAUGCAAUUUUCCUUGCUGUUUCAGGAGCCGUUGCAGAAGAUGACCCAGAGUUUCUUGAGAGCAGAGGAGAUGGCGGCCCACUCCACCGAGAGAGAGAUCUGCAAGGAAGCCAAGCAGCAGGGUGAUGGUGGUGCCACGCUUCUAUGUAAGGGUUAAGUGACUCGCCAUAGGCUGGCCGAGCAAGUGGGGCAGGCAGGUGGCCGAGGCAGGCCUUUCUAUGCCCACCCCUCAUCCCCCCCUUUGACCCCAACAGCUGCCACUGCUGAUAGAAGGAAGUGUGCAGACAGAAAGGGAGGGAGGAUGAAGGGGAGAAACAUGAGCAGCAAUUGGGGGAAUCUUGGGACUGGGCAAACUGGGAGGGGAGGGAGGAGUUUGGGGUGAAAUGUGAAGGGAUGGAGAUUGGUAAUGGGGCAGGGAGUUGGCAGGUGGUCUGGAUUUUUUGAUGUUGCUGAGCAAGCUCUUUUUGUUGUGCAGAAGAAGGCAAAAUAGGUAGUGCUAACACAACUCUGCCGGUCCAAGCAGCCCAUUGGAUUUGGCUGUUGUGCUCCGCUAAGAACAGGGUGUCCACAAGUGGAAUGGCUGUUGUGAUCUGUGGCUACCACAAGUGGAUCUCCUCCUGUGUGUGUCCAAACUCUCUGAUACUUGUAAGCCGCUUUGGUUAUGUUUUGAGAAGGGAUGGAUCAUGGAAAUGACUGAAAUAAAUGACAAUACAAAUGUUGCUUCUGAAAACAUAACCUGUUCUUGUCUCUUACAGCCAGCAGAACACCAUCCCAAAGUGUCUCUGCUCCCUUGCAUUGCCCUGAUGGAUCAGAGCUGGCAGAAGGUGUCUUGGAUGAGGUGGGUUCAUGCGUUAGCUGUCCUGAUGUCUCCCCUCCUCCUGCGGGCUCCUGAAUCUUUCUUUGCAUCAAAAAGUCUGUUUUUUGAAUGGGCAGCUUUUUUCUGUCACCUUGCUGCCAAAUUCAGAAGGUGCCAUCUUUUUCAUUUUAGUUUUUCCUAUUGUUGACUGAUUUGCCCAAAAUGACCAUGGAGGCGUCCAGCCUAAUGAAGCCCAUGGGCUAGGAUUUGCCAAUGCUGCAGUAACCCAUAGGUUGUUCCACUGGCGGAGGCAGAGAGGGGCGGGGGGAGCACGGCUGCCCAUCACGGCUGCCCCCCACCUGCGUUGGGCGCCACGCCCCUGGAACGCACACCAGCCACGCCCCUGCCUGCUCUCCGCCCCCCGGUGCCGGAGCAUGAAGCUCCUCUACUGGGUUGUUCAACAAAUCAUUGGUUGUCCUGCAAACAACCGGACAAGCAACAGUUUGUUUCUCCAAACUGUGUUUUAAAGUACUGGUGCCACUUCACUAAAAACCUUAGUUUCUAUAGGAAGCAGAUGCAUAUGUGAUAGUGAGGGACCUAAGGGGCUAGAUUUAAGGGAUUUAAGUGGCAGGAAGGGAGAUUUUGGUUGGACAUGAGGAGAAACAUUUUGAUGGUAAGAAUUGCUGGAGAUCUUCAAUCCGAAUCUGGAGAACUCUAGCUCUGAAUCUCCUGCACCAAGCAGGAAAUUAUACUGGUUGGCUAAGAAGGUAUUUUCCAGGUCACAUCCAUGCCAUAUAUAAUGAUCUCUGGCAAUCAAGCAGCCUAAUAAGCAGCAAUGAGUCCCCAUCAGUUUUAUGUAAGUUUAUUUACAAGAAGAAACAUAUCCAGAGCCCAGUCUUCCCGCCUGCUCUCAUUAACAGUAGUUGCUCAGUCUGUCUCAUUGUCCCUUCCCCAACAGGAAGAACCCCAAAAUUGAGCUGUUCUUCUCCUUCCCUUCCGUUGUUCUCUGAGCUUCUCCCAUCUUCUAGUACGGGGACUGAACAGCUGGCCUGUCUCUUCCCCACUCCCAGAAGACACAGACUCAGACUUUGGCUUAUCUGAUGGUUGCCUGCCAACGCUCUGGCUGACUUCCAACUCUUCCUCUCCUUGGGAGCUAACAGCUUCUUCCUUGGGAAGGAGUGGGGCUGGGCUGUCCUCUCUAAACUCUGACAAACAGCUCUCAUCUGCAGUUGGCCCAUUGUUCCUUUAGCUCAGUUUCUGUGCUUGGGGUGGGGGACACAUUUCUGACACCAUGCAUUUAAAAGCACCUGCCAAGGAAUCCUUGGAACUGCUGCUUAUUCCUCAUACAGUUACAGUUCCCAGCACCCAGAACAAACAACAGUGCAUCCAGGUUUCUUUGGAGGGAAUGAAUUAGCUUUAAAUGUAUGGCAUGAAUGUGACCUGUCUACAGUUCUGCAUUCAGAGCAGGAAACCCUCUUGUAGUUUCAGGGGACAGUUGAUUUGAAGGGUGCAACUGCCUUGUCGGAUACAACAGAGAAGGCUGUGCUCAAUCCCAUUCAGAGCCCUGUGUACUGGAAAGUUUUGGUGGAGGAGGAUGAGACCGUUGCUUUCUCAGGUAAAUGUCUCAAGCAUAUGUACACUGCUGCCACACCCCAAAAGCACUGGAUAUGUCUGGCAUCCAUAUUUCUCCCAGUUGUGAGACAAACUCCUCUUGUCUCCCCAUUCAUCAAUUUUGUCUCCAACCUGUAGAAGGACCAGUGGUCUUCCCCAGCCUGGUUGGACAAGAAAAAUUAGUAUUUCUCCCAAACUCUGAGCAUAAAGAUACAUUCCCAGGUAAGACUCUCUCAGGUAAGGGUAAUCACAGAGACUCCAUGGCUACAUCCUGGUGGCGAUGAGUACAUAGGCAACAGCCUGAAACCACAUCAGUGUCUUGCCCCAUCUAAUCCAAUACUACCUGCUCUGACUUGCAGGCGCAAUUCAGAGUCUCAAACACAGAGAAGGUCCUUUCCCAUCCCCCUGCUUCUCAAGAUCCUUUAUUAGUUAGAGAGAGCAGAGACUGAGAUGGAGAUAUUGGCUGUGUUUGUACUUCCAGUAAUCUUGUUAGGGGGAUAGUGGUCCCUAUUAUUCCCAUAUCACAGGAGAAGAAUGUAAGAAAGAGAGCCUUCCAUGAUCAAAUCCUGCACCCUAGCCCAGCACCUUAUUUCCCCUACUAUGUCCCUUGGAAAACUACAAGCAGGACCAUGAGAAGAGCAAACCAGCUCAUAUGAUUCCCAGCAACUGAUAUCCAGAUGCAAGAUUGCGGCUGAUAUUGACAUUACCAUCAUGACCAGUUCUGCUAGAUUAGGCCUAAGAACCAUCUAGUCCAGUAUAUUUUUCUGGCAGCAGCCAAGCAGAUGCCCAUGGGAAUCCCAUGAGCAGGACCUGAGCAACUGAUUAUCACUGGCAUAUUUUCUCUGGACAGCAGAUAUUGAGGCCGGGUGUUCAGGGUUUGCUCAAAGCUCAGUUCUCUUUACAAUGCAGAAUUGGCUCUUGUAUAAAAUAGCAAUGAUCCCCCCUGUGUUUUCUCACCUUCACGACAGGAAGGAGCAUGAACAGGAAGGAAACUGAAAACUCUCAGCAAGGAAUCCCUGAGCGACAAGGCCCAUCUGUGAUACGAUCAGGAGAACCCCAGGACACUGUUCCCUUGAGUCCUGGUGUUUCCCUGAGUCCUGGAGUGAUGUGGCCUCAAAUGAGUGACCGAGGGAUGAAGCAGGGAGAGCCGACUCUGCAUGGUAUGAGCCAGGAGUUUGCAGAAGGAAUUGCAGAUCCACCACAAGAGAAAAAACUCCGUCGCGGGUCCAGAACUUGCUCCUCAAACCUCGCUCAGCACAGGCAGAUUCACACGCGGGAAGGACUUUACCAGUGCUUUGAGUGCGAGAAAACCUUCUGUGGGAUACAUGCCCUUGCUGGCCACCAGAGAAUCCACAAGACCAAGAUGGAGCCCAGAGGCAAGAAGCAACUGCUUGCCAGGGCAUCUCUCACCAAAGGUCAGAGAUUACUUUGAGGCUGCAGAUAUGAUCAGACAAAUAGACUUGUGGAAACCUGCUUUGUUGGGGGGUUUUUUGCGGGGGGGGGGGAGUCCAGCAACUGGAGCUGAGGGCAAAACAGUGCUUCCUCAGAACAGCUGCUGGGGACUUAAUUGCAACUUUGAUUUCAGAUUUGACCACCACUGAGGCCAAUCCAGUUGCCCAGUUUUCCUUGUAUUAUAUACAUUCAUUAAGUUACUCUUUAAUUUUAUGAAACAGUACACGGAACAGUAAAAUGUUUCCCAUAUAUUUUUAUUUUUUUUUAAUAAUAUUUAUUGAGAUUUCAAAAGAGAACAAAAAAAAAUACAAAAAUUACACAAAAACAAAAAAUAGAAAAUACAAAAACUUGCACACAAUAAGAAAAAGAUACAAAAGUAAAAAAUAAAAAUAUGAGAAAGUAAGUAAUACAGAAGAAAAAUAAUAAUAAAAAAGAAAAAACAUUAGACCUCCUCCUCCUCCCUUCCUUUGUAUUCUAGUUAUUAAUUAUCCCAGCAAAUCCUUUCCAUCUUUCUAUUAUAUAAUAAACCUUACAAUUUAAAAUUUAGAUCUUAACUAUACCAACUUCUUAUAUUCAUAAUGUUCUUUCAUGAUUCUUUAAUAGUUUUUAAUUAUCCCAACAAAUCCUUUCCAUCUUUCUAUUAUAAAAUAAACCUUAAAAUUUAGAAUUUAAAUCUUGACUUUACCAGCUUCUUAUCUUCAUAAUGUUCUUUCAUAAUUCUUUAUACAUCUUUACUAAAGCCAGGUAAAUUCUUCCAACAUUUUCCUAUCAUUCAUUUUUCUCUCAUUCUAUCAUUCAUCAACUUUAUAACACAUUCUAUUAGUUAAAAAACAAAAACAAAAAAAAACAAAAAAGGAGAAAGAAGCAUAUAAUCAAGUCCAAACUUAAUCCAACGUCCCUUCCUCCUGGUUUCGGGAUUUGUCAGUCCUUAUUCAUCAAUCUAACCCGGUGACCUUAUGUCCGAGGCCCUCAAGUCACUUCCAUGGCCCUUCCGCAGCUUUUCUUCAUAUUUGUGGCUGUAGUCACUUGCUCGUAAUGGCUCCAACUUAAUAGUGUUUUUAACCCUUCUCAUCAGAUCAGAUCCUUUUCCCUGUUCAUCGCUGCAUUCCAUGUUGUAUUUAAGAGCAUACUUCAAGGGCCCUCCGAAUUUGUGGGCCCCCACAUUUCCAAACAUGUCGCAGCCUGUUACUGGAUUUAAAAAGUCCAAAUAUCCCAACAUAGGGGGAUCAAUCCAGCCCCCCAUUUCCAAACCACACUGAACUUUCCCUUCCCAUAUCUGAUUUUUUCCAAGUUCCACUAUCAAGUCCGAAGGAUCAAACUCCUGUUGAGACUGUUCUGUCAAGCCACACUCCUGAUUUAAUGCCACAAACCCCUGUUCUGUCAAAACACACUCCUGGUUUGAAUCCUGGAUAGACUCCACAUAUAUUCCCACAGUUUGAUCAACGCCUUCCGCUGCCAGUCUGAGAUUUCCAGUCGACUUGGCCAUCUGGUUCACCUUAUCAUGUAGUUCUUCCAGUAGAAUAUUUGUUUUAUUGAGCAGGCAAACCACAACUUCUGAAAACAUUGUUGCACUCUCCCACGGUUCUUUGUAACAACUGUCAAGUCCUUGGCAUUUAGUUACAGUUUCUAAGGCUCCCCCUAGGGAGAAGACUUAUAUUUGUUUCUGAUACAUUUCCAUGUUACUUAAAAUCCUUUAUCCAUAUAUAUUCCUUUAAAAUGCGAAAGGGAACAGUAGAGUCACAAAAAUUCUCUUCUUUUAACUAUCUGACACACACAGAUACCUUGAUUUGUUCACGUCAGUCCUGACUUCCCCGCUCCAGGAUCAGGACGAAAAUAACUUCCUUUUACUGCUUCAAAUAGUCCAAAAAAAAUAUUCCCAAUUUAAAAUGUUGGAAUCCACUCUUUUGAAAGCAAUUUUCAAAGCUCUAGUACAAAUUGUCUUUGCUUUGUUAUAUUUACAAAAGAACGGAAGGGUGACUUCCUGUUUAGCCCUUACCGCUCCGUACCAAAUUCAAUCGAUUUUUCUUUCUUUUUUUAUAAUCCAAUUCUGCCCUUUUCACUAAUCUUCAUUUAAUGUCCCAAUUUGUCCAAAUUCUGGGUACUCACGGAUAUUUGUUUUAAAGUCCGAAUUGUCCAGGAAAAAAGGCAGCGCUCUCCGGCAACAGCUACGCGGCUUCACUCCACAAAAGAAGCAGACGACUCGCAGCACAGCGCCUUCACUUCCCCGCUCUGUUCCGGAGCCCGUUGCCGAGCUCCUUUGCAGAUUGGGGGGGCGCUAACAGUGCCCGCCGAGUCCCAGGGUCACAGGCUUCACCCGCCUGUGGUUUGAAGGGUCCCCGCUGCGCCGAAGCGGUUUUAGACCCGAUUUCUGUGGAGCGGUCUCCCUCUGAAUUAGAGGGAUUCCGCCAUUGCCGUUGGCGCCACCUCCGGAAGUCCAAAAUGUUUCCCAUAUUAUGCCCUUUCAGAAGUGGCUCAGUAGGUGGGGCAGAGUUGCUAUGCCAGCUUCCCAGCAGGUGGGUUAUUGCUGCUUACCAGGCAAUAGAUGGAUGAGAAGGUUGGCAUGGUGCAAACACACCAGCAGAGAGAGCCAGACCAGUGCUCCUGCCAGUGCCUUUGCACCACACUGACCUUUCCCCUCUCCCUCCUGGUAAGCAACAGCAAUCCACCUGCCAGGAAGUUAUAAUAAUGGAUUUACCCCACCCAGCGCAACACCUCUAUGUAAGUUUCAUUCUCUGUGUUGAAGAAUUGUGUCUCAUAUUCAGAUGGGUUAAUUCAACUUUCUCUCCAUCCUUGUAGGAAAUGAGGGGCUAAGUAAGUUCAGGGUGGAGACUCCUCAGCAGGAAAGGAACGAGAGAGAGAGUAUAUCUAAUGGAAGGAUAGCAGAAUUUCCUCAGAGUAAGAUGACACUGGCUCAAGAACCAGAAUGGGAACCUGAAGGGCAGCAGGGAAAGAAGACGGUGAAGACACAAAAAAAGCCCAUCAAGCUCUUAGAAGGCCGCAAGUCCCAAAAGGAAACUGUGGCGCACAUGUGGGUGAAAAAAUUGUCGUACUCCUCCCAGCCUGGGAAUGUGUGCCGCAGCACACCAGGAUUUGUAAUCCAGGAAACUCCUCCUACAGAGAGGGCACUCUAUCAAUGUCCCUCGUGUGGCAAAACCUUAAUGAACAAUGUUUGUCUUGAAGAUCAUCAUAGGCUCCAUAUAGGAGAUGCCUUAUGGAUGCCCACAGUGUGGGGGAAAGUUUCACUGGAGAAACUGUGUGUUCAAACAUUUGUGGAUCCAUAG